CAAUGCUGGCUGGGGUCUCCUUGCCAGAAUCUCUGUACAUCACCCCAACCUCUGCCACUUGAAGUAACCACCUACACUCUAGCACAGGAGCAAAUAUAGUUCUUAGGGACUGGGGCAGUCCUGGGAGGAAGGGGCCUCUUAGAGUUACAGGAAGAGCCAGGCAAGGCGGGGCAAGGACCGCCAACAGCCCGCCCCACCAGGGGAAGGGGUGGUUACCUGGGUGGGGUUUAGGCUUAGGAGAGGAUGUGACUGUAAGGCCAGGAAACUAAGGGGGAAAGUUCUGACUAAAAUAUAUAUCAACAAAAGCCAGGUCCUCGCCCAAGCUUGGUGAUGCAUCGUGGGUAGCCACAAUACUGUGGCUCCUCUCUGGGGCUGAGCAAAGGGGACAAUUUGCUCACAAGUGCAUGUUACUGACCUUAAUGACCAUCUCCCCUCUGGAGGAAAGAUCCGGAAACCAGGUCCUGGCCAGGUGACAAGCACCCAUGCACCCGCCUGCAUACAGCAGCAGUCCAUUACAGGGGACAGCCAGGAAUGAGGCUAACUGCUAUCUCCUGAGGUUAGAUCCAUCUUGGAGCAUGUCUGCUGUAUCCCUGAGUCACCACAGUGGCUCCAGGACACGUGAAGCUGGUCCAUGCCAUUGCCCCUCCAAAGCUGGUGAGGCAAAGUCUGCUCUGGCCUUGUGCUGUCUAGGAGUUCACACAGCACUCUGAGGCUGGCUGAAGUUACAAGAAAGCUCUCUGGUACCCUGUCCAGCUGGCUGAACAGACAGAAAGGAGUCCUUCUCAGCUUCCAGUGGACCCAUCUGCUCGGUUAAGGAGCCCCCGUGGAGCCAGGGCCGGAACCGGUGUUCGGCCUGAAGAGGCUGGGGAAGAGCCAUGACAGGUGUCUGUGACAGGACCCCUCUUUUCCUCUCCCCACCUGAAGACCAAGUCUUGGGACCUGCCCUUGGCAGUGCAGUUGCUUUGAAUUGCACAGCUUGGGUGGACUCUAGGCCCCAGUGUCCCCAGCCCUCAGUACAGUGGCUAAAAGAUGGUCUUCCAUUGGGCAAUGAAAGCCACUUCAGCCUCCAUCAGGACUUUUGGGUCACUGCCAACUUCUCAGAGGUUGUGUCCAGUGUUCUGGUGCUCAACUUGACCAAUGCUGAGGACUAUGGAAGCUUCACCUGCUCUGUCUGGAAUGUCAGCUCCCACUCCUUCACUCUUUGGAAAGCUGGCCCUGCUGGCCAUGUGGUUGCAGUGCUGGCCUCCCUUCUUGUCCUGCUGGUUCUGCUGCUGGUGGCCCUGCUCUAUGUUAAGUGUCGCCUCAACGUGCUGCUUUGGUACCAAGACACCUAUGGGGAGGUGGAGAUGAACGAUGGGAAGUUAUACGAUGCCUACGUGUCCUAUAGCGACUGCCCGGAGGACCGUAAAUUUGUGAAUUUUAUUCUGAAGCCUCAGCUGGAGCGGCGUAGGGGAUACAAGCUCUUCCUGGAGGACCGCGAUCUCUUGCCGCGCGCUGAGCCUUCUGCCGACCUCCUGGUGAACCUGAGCCGGUGUCGGCGCCUCAUCGUGGUUCUUUCAGACGCCUUCCUGGGCCGGGCCUGGUGUAGCCAGAGCUUCCGGGAGGGACUGUGCCGCCUACUGGAGCUCACACGCAGACCUAUCUUCAUCACCUUUGAGGGCCAGAGGCGUGAACCUAUGCACCCUGCUCUCCACCUCCUGCGUCAGCAUCGCCACCUCGUGACCCUAUUGCUUUGGAAGCCUGGCUCCGUGACGCCUUCCUCCGAUUUUUGGAAAGAGCUACAGCUGGCACUACCACGGAAGGUGCAAUACAGGCCGGUGGAGGGAGACCCCCAGACGCGACUCCAGGAUGAUAAAGAUCCUAUGCUAAUCGUGAGAGGACGAGCUGCCCAGGGCCGAGCCAUGGAGUCAGAACUGGAUCCAGACCCUGAGGGAGACCUGGGUGUCCGUGGACCUGUCUUUGGGGAGCUACCAACUACACUGCAUGCAAGCAGGGUCUCCGUGGGAGAGGGCCAUGGCAGUGAAAUGGAUGUGUCUGACCUUGGCUCUCGAAACUACAGUGCACGGACAGACUUCUACUGCCUGGUGUCUGAGGAUGACGUGUAGCCCUUACCCUAGCAGCCCAGAUCAUGGGGUCAUGGUGGCAGCUUCCAGGGUAGAGGCAGACAUCCCUUCUUCCUAGGACCAAAACCUUGCCUGUUGCUCUGAACCCCUCGGGGAAGGAGCGUGGCUCCAGGGUGCCACAAAAUAAAAAUCCUCUUUGCUCUU